UUCUGAGAUGGCAUCAAAAGGCUGCAAGCAUCCGGCAGACGCAUUUUGCUAUGUCUACAGGAGCGAAAAAGUACUCUGUGGAAGCAUCUGCUAAGAUGUGUGAGGCCUCCAAGGCAUAUUUCGCCAUGCCUGUCGGGGAUCAAGACAAACCCUGGGCACCUCAUUUCACCUGCGAGCAAUGCAAAAAAACUCUGGAAGGAUGAUACGAAGGGGAAAAGAGAGCCAUGAAGUUCGCUAUCCCAAGAAUUUGGCGGGAACUCACUGACCACUCAAGCAACUGCUACUUCUGCAUGGUGGACCCUUCCAAACGUCGGACUGGCAAGAAUGCACCUGCUAUCACGUGUCCGGACCUUCCUUCAUCCAUCGCCCCGGUGCCACUACUGCCAUGAGCUCCCCGUACCCACUCCUCCGGAGAGAGAGCAGCCGUCUUUAGAAGAGAGCAGCAAGUCAGAGAGCGAGGAAGACGUUGUAGAUCCAGAUGGCAAUUUCAGAGGUGGAGCUGAGGAGAGACACCCAUACUACUCCAACCAAAAAAAACCUCAACGACUUGAUCAGAGAUCUUGGUCUCACCAAGUCCAAUGCCGAGCUUUUGACGUCUAGCCUCAAGCAGUGGAACUUGUUGGAUGAAAGUGUGCAAGUCGCAGAUCCGAGGAAGCGUCACCAACCUUUUUGCAGCUUCUUUACCCGUCAAGAUGGGCUCUUCGUCUGCCACAAUGUGACCAGUCUGUUCGAGGCAAUCGGAAUCGCCUGUAACCAGAAUGAGUGGCGCCUCUUCACUGACAGCUCAUCCAGGAGCCUCAAAGCCGUGCUGCUCCAUAAUGGUAACAAGUACCCGUCUCUUCUCCUGGCUCCCUCGGUGCACCUCAAAGAGAAUUACAACAGCAUCAAUAUCUUGCUGGACGCCUUGAGGUAUGAUGAGUAUGGCUGGGAGGUCAUCGGAGACUUAAAAAUUGUGGCAUUCCCGAUGGGUUUCCAAGGCGGUUUAACCAAGUGUCCCUGCUAUCUUUGCCUUUGGGACAGCAGGGACACCAAGCCGCACUACCACAGGCAGUACUGGCCACAGCGGACCGAGUUCUCAGUGGGGAGGAACAACGUCAAGUGGGAGCCACUGGUGGACCCCCGGAAGGUGCUGAUGCCACCACUGCACAUCAAAUUGGGCCUUCUGAAACAAUUUGUCAGAUCUGUAGAUAAGGAGUCGGCAGCCUUCAAGUACCUUCACGACUUCUUCCCUAAGCUGUCCGAGGCAAAGGUCAAAGCCGGUGUCUUCGUCGGACCACAUAUAAAGAAGAUCUUGGAGUGCAAUGAAUUCCCCAAUAAGCUCAUUAGUAAGGUGAAAGCGGCUUGGGACAGCUUUGUCGCAGUGGUUCGUGGCUUCCUGGGCAAUCACAAGAUAGUUAAACUACGUGGAGCUGGUUGAGACUCUGGUGAAGAACUACGGCAAAUGGGCUGUAGGAUGUCCCUCAAAGUCCAUAUCCUUGAUGCUCAUCUUGAUAAAUUCAAGGAGAACAUGGGAGCGUACUUGGAGGAGCAAGUCGAGCGCUUCCACCAGGAUAUACUGGACUUUGAACGCCGCUACUAAGGACAAUAAAACGAGAACAUGAUGGGAGACUACAUUUGGGGGCUGAUUCGUGAAAGUGAUUUACAGUAUAAUCGUAAAUCUCGAAAAACUACUCACUUGUAAAUCUUUUGUCUUAAUUUUUUUUAUUAUUUUAGCAUACAUACAUGUUAAUUUUGAUGCUUAUGUUUUUUUCUUCUGACUUUACGUGAAGGAAAAGACACAAAUUCGACCGUUUUCUCAUUGAAAAUAGGUAAAUGUCAAACUAUCACUGUCCUGGUCACAAAAUCAAAGUUUGUGGGGAACAAUAGCCAUGUUUUUUACUUUUUAGGCCUCAGCAAAUAACGAAAUAACACUUACUACCCAGGAACGAAAAUUGUGUGAGAAAGUGAAUUAUUGCAACGGCUCCUGAUGCUGCUGCUGUUGCCGAUGAUGCCCCUGCUUACGACCAGGGGUCGGAGACCAGCGGUUCCUGAGCCGCGUGCGGCUCUUUAAGGACCGCCGCUUCGUGUCCUCAUUCAUUAAGAACCACGACACCGUCUCGUGUUGACCACAGUGCAUUGCGGCUCUCAAAAUAUUGAGUCUUUUUUUACCUAAUUCAACAAAAAAUGUCUCUUCUUGUUAUUGUGGUUGCCGAUCCCUGCUCAUGAUGAUG